AUGUGGUGUGUAUGUGAUAAUGCCGGAUUGAUGGGGUGUGUAUGCGCUAAUGCUGUAUUGAUGUGGUGUGUAUGUGAUAAUGCUGGAUUGAUGUGGUGUGUAUGUGAUAAUGCUGUAUUGAUGUGGUGUGUAUGUGAUAAUGCUGGAUUGAUGUGGUGUGUAUGUGAUAAUGCUGUAUUGAUGUGGUGUGUAUGUGAUAAUGCUGUAUUGAUGUGGUGUGUAUGUGCUAAUGCUGUAUUGAUGUGGUGUGUAUGUGCUAAUUCUGUAUUGAUGUGGUGUGUAUGUGAUAAUGCUGUAUUGUUGUGGUGUGUAUGUGCUAAUGCUGUAUUGAUGUGGUGUGUAUGUGAUAAUGCUGUAUUGAUGUGGUGUGUAUGUGAUAAUGCUGUAUUGAUGUGGUGUGUAUGUGAUAAUGCUGUAUUGAUUUGGUGUGUAUGUGUUAAUGCUGUAUUGAUGUGGUGUGUAUGUGAUAAUGCUGUAUUGAUGUGGUGUGUAUGUGAUAAUGCUGUAUUGAUGUGGUGUGUAUGCGCUAAUGCUGUAUUGAUGUAG